AUGAGAGGAGUUAAAAGAGACGUUGUUCAGGGAGAGGAUGAGCUCGGGCAAGCGGAAGAUGGUGAUGAUGGCUGGGGACAGUUCAGGCCUUUGCUUCCAGAAGAAGUGAAGAGCUCUAAGACCAUCCUGGUGGGGGAUAGAUGUGUUAAAGGAUUGCACGCCCAUGAUUCGGUUUUCCAGAGCAGCUGUGAAGUUGUGUCAAAAACAAGCUAUGAAAAAUUGAAGCAAGGCGUUGCUGUGCGUUUUCAUGGUGAAGAAGGCAUGGGUCAAGGUGUGGUACGUGAAUGGUUCGACAUCCUUUCCAGUGAGAUAAUUAAUCCAGACUAUGCGCUUUUCACUCAGUCAGCUGAUGGAACCACCUUCCAGCCCAACAGUAAUUCUUCUGUGAAUCCAGAUCACCUAAAUUAUUUUCGGUUUGCAGGGCAAAUUCUAGGUUUGGCACUUUAUCACCGACAGUUGGUUAACAUCUACUUUACACGGUCAUUCUACAAACAUAUCCUUGGUAUCCCUGUAAACUACCAAGAUGUAGCCUCCAUUGACCCUGAGUAUGCUAAAAAUCUUCAGUGGAUUCUGGACAAUGAUAUUAGUGACCUUGGCCUAGAACUUACAUUUUCUGUUGAGACUGAUGUAUUUGGUGCAAUGGAAGAGGUGCCUUUGAAACCUGGGGGAAUAAGUAUACUUGUCACCCAGGAAAAUAAGGAUGAAUAUGUCCAGCUUGUUACUGAAUUACGAAUGACUCGUGCUAUUCAGCCUCAGAUAAAUGCAUUUCUGCAAGGCUUCCAUCUGUUCAUUCCACCCUCCCUCAUUCAGCUUUUUGAUGAAUAUGAGCUGGAGUUGCUACUCUCCGGGAUGCCAGAGAUUGACGUGGCUGACUGGAAACGGAAUACUGAAUACACAAGUGGCUAUGAGAAAGAUGACCCAGUGAUACAGUGGUUCUGGGAGGUUGUGGAAGCACUAACCCAAGAAGAAUGUGUUUUAUUAUUGCAGUUUGUUACAGGCAGCUCUAGAGUCCCUCACGGUGGCUUCGCAUAUCUCAUGGGUGGCAGUGGUUUGCAGAAAUUCACAAUAGCUGCUGUACCGUACACUUCAAACCUCUUGCCAACAUCCAGUACCUGCAUCAAUAUGUUAAAAUUGCCAGAAUAUCCCAGCAAAGAGAACCUGAAGGAUCGAAUUCUUGUUGCAUUACACUGUGGGAGCUAUGGUUACACAAUGGCAUAAAGAAGGCUGAAAGUUGAAAAUGGCUCCUGAAGAGACCUUCACUGCUUAAAUGUUUUGAGUAAUGCUUCUGAUUUUGAAGAACUCUCCCUAGGUUCAUAUGCAAAUUUCUGUGGUAGCACAUCUGUAUAUGCAUGUUAAUAUUCGUGUAAAGCAUUAUGCCUGUGUGUGUACUUUGGCGAUCUACGUUUUUUUAAAGAUGUUAUGUUUUGGUACAACUAAUUAUGUAUUUGUGAUGAACUGUAGAAAUUUUGCUGCACAUUGCCAAACAUUUGGCAUUAUGAAAUCAAAAGUGCCAUGCCUGCAGGUGUACUCUGUACGCUUUAAUCGGUGGCUAGGGUAUACAAGUUCUAUUGCCAAGCUUCAUACAUUAAUGAUAGGGAAGAAAAAAUGAGAGAAAGUCAAGAUCUCAUUGUAUUUUUUGUAAGAUAGGUAUCAGACAUUUUAUAUUUUUUGUGAAGAUAUAAAGUUUAGUUUAUUACUCAGACUUCACAAUUUAACAUCAUUGAAAUGGAGGGUAUUGUCAGUCAAAAUUACAGAAUAUAUAGUAUAGUCUACCCUAACAGCCAAAUUACUUUGCAGAAUUUCCUCAAUGCAAUAUCAGCUAUUUAGUGAUUAAAGUUUCAUAUUAAGUAUUUGUACAUUGUGAAAAUUAUGCAUUGUAUAUAUUGCUUGAAGUCCUGUAUAUUUGUAUUUGUAGGAUAUGAUGCAGAUGCUCAUGUAUCUUCCUGUUGUGCAUGUCUUUUUUAAACUAUUAAAUUUUUUAAAGAAUUAA